AUGGACCUGCGGUCUGAGCUGCUCAAGUCCAUUUGGUACGGUUUCACAGCCCUGGAUUUGGAGAAGAGUGGCAAGGUGUCCAAGUCUCAGCUGAAGGUGCUGUCCCACAACCUGUGCACAGUCUUGAGUAUCCCACACGAUCCAGUAGCUUUGGAGGAGCACUUCAGGGAUGACGAUGAUGGUCCAGUUUCUAGUCAGGGUUACAUGCCUUACCUCAACAAAUACAUCCUGGACAAGGUCAUUGAGGGCUCUUUUAAUAAGGAAAACGUAGAUGAGCUCUGUUGGACACUUACGGCAAAAAAGAACUACCAGACGGACAAAACCAGUAGCACUGUUCUGCCAGAGAAGGAUGCUUUUCGGCUCUGGUGCCUUUUUAAUUUUCUCUCUGAAGACAAGUACCCAUUGGUUAUGGUCCCUGACGAGGUGGAGUACCUGCUCAAGAAGAUAUGUAUGUCUAUGAGUAUUGAGUUCAACUGUGUUGAAUUAGACGACUUCUUCUCCCAAGACUCAGUGCAGCAGAGCGGCAUUACUGUUUGGGUUUUUCUGGAGAUGAUGAACUCGGGGAAGAUGACCAGAGGAAUUGAUAAGAGCAUAGUCAGCAUGACUAUAGAGGAAGUAUACAGGGAGAUAGUGGGUGAUGUCCUCAAAGAGGGUUAUCUGUGGAAGAAAGGCCAGCUGAGGAGAAACUGGAAGGAACGCUGGUUCACCUUAAGGCCGAGCAACUUGUCCUAUUACACUGGGGAGGACCGCCAAGACUGUCAGGGCAACAUAGUGCUGGAUGGGAACUGCUGUGUGGAGGUGCUACCAGACCGAGACGGGAAAAGGUGCAUGUUUUGUCUGAAAACCCUCUCCAAGACUUACGAGAUGAGCGCCUCAGACACCAAACAGAGGCAGGAGUGGACUACAGCCAUUCAAACCGCCAUCAGGCUGCACGUGGAGGGGAAAACAUCCCUCCACAAAGACCUGAAGCUGAAGCGCCGUGAACAGCGGGAGCAGCGGGAGAAGAGACAACACUCCAAGGAGGAGGAACUGCAGAGGUUGCGGGCCUUGCAGGAGGAACGGGAACGUAAACUGGCAGAGCUGGAUCGCCUGAAAGAGGCGCAAAAGCAGGCUCAGGUCCUCCUGGAGCAGGACGAGCAGAGGAGGCGACAGCAGCACGAACAGCUCCAGCGGGCCUUGGAGGUCCAGCUGCGAGAGGCUGAGGAGGCUCGGGUUAGUAUGCAGGCAGAGAUGGUUCUGAAAGAGGAGGAGGCAGAGAGGCAGAGGAAGCGGAUCAAGGAGCUGGAGGAGAUGCAGAAGCGUUUGGAAGAGGCGCUGCAGCAGGAGAUCAAAGCCAGGCUGGACGACGAGGCCUUCCGCUAUGCUCAAGCAGGGUUACUGGCCGAGGAGGAGGAGAAAAUGAAGGCCCUGAUGUCCCUGCAGGAGGAACAGGAGGAGUACAUCCUGAAGACACAGAGGGAGAAGCAGGAGCUCAAACAGGAAAUGGAGGUCAAGUCACGAUCCCUGGACGAGGCUCAGAGGCAGCUGGAGGAGGUCCGCGCCAACAGGCACAGGGUUGACCAGGAUGUGGUGGCUUCCCAGCGGAAGCUUCGCCUGGCGAGCACCAACGUCAAACACUGGAACGUCCAGAUGAACCGACUGAUGCGGCCAAUCGGACCGGGCGAGAAGAGACCGUCGCUAGGAAGCGCCUACUCAAGCUUCCAGAUCCCGACCCAGAGAGAUCCCGGGCUGCGCCUCAGAGGGAGAUCAGGAUCAGAGGAUCAGGACGAGAAGAGCAAAGAAAAUGUUGACAACGGUGCUGGAAGUGAUUUAGAAAAACGCCACUCCCAUGCCUCUAACGGAAACAUGGACAUCCCCUAGAAACACAAGUCAGAUACUUCUGUCACUUUCUGAAUGAAAGGGCAAGAGAUGAAAACAAUGGAACGCCUACAAUUAAAACUGACUUUACUACCAAUAGUACUACCAUUUCUAUUAAAUGUUGAAUUACUGACCUCGCUCGACAAACCGAAAUAGUUAAAAACAUUUUAAUGAGAAGAAGAAUUUGCAGAUUCAAGUAAUGCUUUGACUGCAGCCGGUGUGAGGCCUGCACACCAACAGCACCUCAGUGCAGAGAAGAUGAGCUGUAAGCCAGAUCCUGGAAGUGAGUUGAGAUGAAGGCUGAUACUUUCACACAAUGCAAGGAAGCUCGUUUUUUUUAGCUCUGUAAUAUAGAUACAUAACAAUGUUUCAUUUUUACAUGUGUAUUUUUUUGGGUGGCUUGGUUCAGUCUUAGAGUUUACAGCAGUUUCAUGUGAAGAGGAAAGAGAGAGAGAAUCUCUCAUUGAACUUCCUGUUUCUUUCGUCAGUUAACAUAAUUGUAAAUAAAAAAGUGAAUUGAUGCCGUAACCUGA